UGCAGCGCGUCACUCCCGCCAGCCGGGCCGCGUCUGGUGCGGAGAAGGUGGAGCGUGUUUUGUGGCUUUCGCCAUGUCCAAGCACGUUUUUCUUACGGGACCCCCAGGGGUUGGAAAGACUACUUUGAUCCAGAAAGUCACUCAAGCUCUAAAAUCCGCAGGCACUUCCAUUGACGGAUUUUACACAGAGGAAGUUAGAGAAGGUGGCAGGAGAACAGGUUUUGAUGUUGUCACUUUGUCUGGAAAACGAGGACCAUUAUCUAGAGUCAGUUCUGAUUCUUCUGCUUCAAGAUGUGAAUGUCGGGUCGGACAGUAUGUUGUAGAUGUUGUUUCAUUUGAGCAGUUGGUUCUACCUAUGCUGAGAAAUGUAAACCGUAGCAGUGAUGCAGAGAAAAAAAUCUGCGUCAUAGAUGAGGUUGGUAAAAUGGAGCUCUUCAGCCAGGCUUUUAUUCAAGCUGUUCGUCAGACACUCACUGGCUCAGGGACUGUGGUGCUUGGAACUAUUCCAAUACCUAAGGGAAAGCCACUGGAUCUUGUUGAAGAAAUAAGAAAUAGAAAAGAUGUUAAAGUGUUCAAUGUUAGUAAAGAAAACAGAAACAGCAUUUUUCAAGACAUCUUGGCAGCUGUGGAAUCCUGCAGAAAAUGAAGACAUUUUGUUGCCUACAAACACUAAAGCUUCUAUUUCAACAAAA